UAUUGAGUACAUGACAUGGAUUAUUUUAAAAUAAGUUACAUUACAAUUUUACGUUAUUUUGUUACAUGGCAAAGAAUUUAAAUAGAAAAUGUUAUCUACAUCACGAAUUUAUUACAUGCUCUUAUGUAGAAAACAAAUUAAAAAUACUAAAAUGAAUGGCAGAGCUGUGAUUGGAACUUAUCUAAAUAUUUUGAGAGGAAAGAGAGAUAACAGUAAUCAAAAUCUUUCACCAUUGAUUCAACCUGUUUUUAUAAAAUCAACUACAGAUGAUAUUAAUGUAGGAGCUGAAUUAACAACUGAUUUAAAGAAAACUGAUUUAAUCAAGAUUUUAAAUAUUUUUGUACAAAAAAAAGAAAUCAAGGCAUUAGCUUUGGAUUAUGGUUUAGACAGUUAGUGGAAAUUUUAAUAUCUAUGGCAACAAGCUGUUAACAGCUUUCGUCAAUACUGUGUUGAAACUGAAUCCCUGCCAGUUGACUUACAUGUUGUCAUCAGUGAUAUCUUGCAAGGUGCAGGUCAUGUUACUGAUAUUUUUCCAUAUUUUAUGAAACAUGCAAAGGAAAUUUAUCCUCAUAUAGAUUGCUUGGAUGACCUCAAGAAAAUCAGUGAUUUGAGAUCACCUGCUAAUUGGUAUCCGGUAGCUCGAAGUAUAACCAGAAAAAUUAUUUUCCACGCUGGGCCAACAAAUAGCGGGAAAACAUACCAUGCUCUUGAACGUUUUAUGACAGCAAAAAGUGGGAUCUAUUGUGGACCAUUGCGAUUAUUAGCAACUGAAGUCUUCAAUAAAUGUAAUUUACAAGGAACACCUUGUGAUUUGAUAACAGGAGAAGAACGAAAAUAUUCAACAGAUGAAAAUAAUCCAUCACAACAUAUAGCAUGCACGGUUGAAAUGAUGGCGCUUGACAAUCCAUGUGAAGUAGCUGUUAUAGAUGAAAUUCAAUUAAUGAAAGAUUUGCAAAGGGGUUGGGCUUGGACUAGAGCUCUUCUAGGCGUUCCUGCUGAUGAAGUACAUGUUUGUGGAGAAGUCGCAGCAAUUGACUUAGUCGAAUCCCUUUGUUCUACAACUGGAGAAAGUGUGGAAAUAAGAAAAUAUAAGAGACUUACAGAAUUGGAAAUUGAAAAGGAGUCGCUCUAUUCAUUGGACAAUGUUCAACCAGGAGAUUGCAUUGUUUGCUUUAACAAAAAUGAUAUUUACACAGUAUCUCGAACUCUGGAAAAACAUGGAAUCGAAGUAGCUGUAAUAUACGGAAGCCUACCGCCAGGAACAAAACUAGCUCAAGCUGCAAAAUUUAAUGAUCCUAAGCAUCCUUGUAAAAUUUUGGUUGCAACCGAUGCAAUAGGGAUGGGCUUAAAUUUGCAUAUUCGACGGAUAAUAUUUUAUUCUUUAAUCAAGCCAACAUUGAAUAAAAAAGGUGAAAAAGAUAUGGAUACAAUAUCAGUAUCAUCCUCAUUGCAAAUUGCAGGUAGAGCCGGACGUUAUGGAACUCAAUGGGAAAAAGGUUACGUGACUACUUUCAAAUCAGAAGAUUUACCCACUUUAAGAUAUUUGUUGAAUCAAACACCAGAAAUCAUAUCUCAAGCUGGAUUACAUCCUACUGCUGAUCAAAUAGAAUUAUAUGCUUACCAUUUACCGAAAGCACCUUUGUCAAAUUUAAUGGAUAUUUUCGUGUCAUUAUGUACAGUGGAUGAUUCUAUGUAUUUUAUGUGCAAUGUUGAUGAUUUUAAAUUUCUUGCUGACAUGAUUGAACAUGUUCCUCUUUCUUUGAGAAGUCGCUAUGUAUUUUGUUGUGCUCCAAUUAACAGAAAAUUGCCUUUUGUUUGUACUAUGUUCUUAAAAUUUGCAAGACAGUAUAUAAAAAAUGAACCAAUAACAUUCAAUUGGCUUUGUCUGCAUGUCGGGUGGCCGAUGAAAUUACCUAGAACUCUCAUUGAUCUUGUACAUUUGGAAGCUGUAUUUGAUGUAUUGGAUCUUUACUUGUGGUUAAGUUAUCGCUUUACAGAAUUAUUUCCUGAAGCAAACAUUGUAAAAGAUAUGCAAAAGGAGCUUGAUGCGAUAAUACAAGAAAGCAUAUAUCAACUUACUAAAUUACUGAAAAAUUCAGAGUCAAGUAUGACAAGUGCUGCAUUUGCUGCCAUUGAUGAAGAAAAUUUCGAACUGAAUAGACAAAAAAAUAAUUAUUUACAAGAAACAUCCGUUGAUACUGGUGAUUUGAUGGGAUCGCAUAAAGGAAAAUUAACUGAAAGAUUAUUAGCCCAAGGCCUUUUAACUCCAAGUAUGUUACAAGAAUUGCAGCGCGAAUGGUUAAAGAAAUUUCAGAAAAGUGAAGAUUGCGAUCGCACAACGAGAAGGAAGUUUACAAGAAAACCUAAAUAAAUGAAUAUAGUUCUAAUUGUAAAAAGUGAAGGGUGAAAAUAAGUUAAUUGAUAUGUGAUCAAAUAACAUUUAAAAUAGUUGAUAUGUUAUGGAAUUAAAUUUACUUUACAUGUAUUAUAAUCAUAUUUAUAAAAAAACUUGUAGAAUAUGGUGCGGCAUAAUCUAUUUUUUUCCAGCAUUUAUGAAAAACAAGACCUCUACGUAUUUGACUGGAAUAAAAUAGAUCAGUAUGCAA